AGUUACUUUAUUACAGCUAGUUAGUUAGUGAGCAGUUAGCAUUCAACAGUUCAGUUCGAAUUACACAGCGUAGGCUUUUUUCUUGUCAGAGGAGGAAUGCCGACGAUAGUGGAUGGUCCUGAGGGACACCUACCUCAGGGAGAGACGCAGACAGGAGGCAGGAAAGAGGAGUGGGACAGCAGCAGGCCCGUUGAAGACGUGGAAGUACUCUGCAGUCCUGUCUUUCCUCGGCCCAUUUGUUACUCCGAGGGAGACCAGUAGCAAUAUGGUGCUGGGGGUCGAGGUAGACGGGAUUGCAGAGUACCCAGUCGAGGACCACGGUUCAGAGGCGGCAGCAGGGACAGCGAAUGACCUAGGAGAAGAUCCCUGUACAAGCUGUGAGGAGCCGGAAGCUGCUGCUGCCUCUGAACCCAUUCCACCACCACCACCACCAACUGCUGCGGUCACCACUCCUCCUAUUGCCCCAGUGAGGAGGACACAGAAAAGAGGGAGAGUGGGGGGGAGGGAGAGGGAGGGACAGAUAGAGAAGUGCCUCCUGGAGGUGUUGAGGAGGCCGCCUCCACCUGCUCCAGCGCCUCCUUCUCCUCCUCCUCCUCCUCCUCCUCCUCCUCCAGCGUCUCUCUCCGAGGACGAACAUUUUUUUAAAGGGAUAAUUCCUUCCCUGCAACGAUUGCCACCCCAUGCAAAAGAACACAUACAAUUUCAAAUUUAUAAAUUAUUGCAUGACGCUAACAAUUUCUAUAAUCCAGGAGUGCUCAAUUUGGACUCUCAAUUUGAACCAUUCGCUGAAUAGGUUCACUGGGGUGACAAUCGUUGCAGGGAAUGAUCCAUGCCCAUUUUUUUUUGUUUACACUCACGCACACACACACACACGCCCCAAUAAAGGAUUAUUUUUAUUCAAAAGAUGGCUUCAGAUUCUUUAUUGAAUGGCCAUUUAAGUUGCUUGAGGGAAAUGUUGCAAAUUAUUUUGUGCCACAGAUUUUAGGGUCUAAGCAACUUUGCUUAAGGUAUUGUUGUCAGGUAUGUUGUGCCCUACUCGUUGAAGAGCACAACCAAGAACGGGAGGUCCACACAGCGACAGUUAAAU